AUGCUUUACACCGUACACGCUAAUAAUGGUGUAAACCACCAAUUUAACUUGAUUUUUGUUGUGAAUCAGGGAUUUGCUGGUAACCUGUACGACCCACCCACCAGCAUCACUCUUACCUGUAUUAUCAAUAAUGCUCCACCCUGUAAGGAGUUGACCCACCUCUUCACAAACCUAGCCAAGCUAGCCGCUAAACCAUUCUCCAAGGGAGAUUCUGCCCCGAACCUAGUAGAGAACACUGCUAGUUCUAUGCUUCUCAAGAAGGUUAUUGCAAAGGACGAGAAAAGAGCUGAAAAAGGAGAAGAAACUUUUUCAUCCCACCUUCUAACUGCAUUAGAGGAAGAAUCUGUUGAAUCCUACCUGGCCUGUAACCGAGGCUGCUUUCUGCUGGUCAACCUGAUCGACACCGGGAUACCCGAGGUGAAGGAGGUGGUCAGGGGAAAGGUUAAACCUUACAUCAAGACCGUCAAAUCACAGGAUACACCGGGAGCGAAGUUGUUGUUGUCCAAAUUGGAAUAAUUAUUUUUUAAUAAAUUUUUUAUAUUUUUUUCUUUCAAUAAACCCUAUUUUUAUUACCAGCA